CUGCCAUCAGUGCUCGAUGCCAGCGCGCGUUAUCAGUCUUGGGCAUCGAGGUGUGUCGCACUCGACCCAACAGAGGGGGGGGGGUGAGUUUGAAAUAAAUACACGGGUUGAUCCACCUGGAAUGGGCCGCGAUAAGAGCAGCCAGUGUUAACCGACACGUUUCCUCUACACCUCAUCCGAGUCUUCCUUUUCCAAACACGCGUUUCUUUAAUGUCCCGGCCUGUUUUUCCAGCCUGUGUGCGCACCGACGGCACCCAGGGGAGCCGAGGCCAAAUCAGCAACAGGCCAGUGAGAGAGCAUGGGGCCGGGACACCUGCUUUGGAAAAGACACUCCAGACACUAAACUUUGCUGACUUCGUUGCAUUUCGUUCGUCCUAAAAAACAGUUGCUUGCAACAUGGAAAAGAGACUCGCCUUUUCCCGUUUGGCACCUGACAGAGGCACAUAUGGAAAAUAAGAUUUCUAGAAUGCAGGAGGACGACAACGAGCAGCCGUCAUCAUUUCAUAAAUCAGAAGCGUCAAACAGGUUUUUCUGUGGAAAGGAUCAGAUGUCAGUGUCCGCUGAGUUCAGCCUUACAGGUGCUCGAAGGAUUUGAUCCUAGAGGACUCUUUUUCGGGAUAUGGCCCAAUAGCAGCAGCCCGUGAUGCCGGACCAUGACAGCGACUCCCUCCUGAACAGACAGACCAAGCGAAGACGUGUGGACAUUGGUGUUAAGAGGACCGUGGGCAGCGCAGCCUCCUCCACAGCAGCAGCCACAACAACAACCACUGAUAACAUUGCCCGCGCCAAAGCAGCCAUUUUCAGUGCCAUGAACUCUCUGAGCUCCCACUCUCACCACGGAUCAGACGCUGACUCCAUGGAGUGCUCUGUAGUGCAGCCACAUGGUGGACCUGGCGUUAUGUCAGCCAGUGACAAUGAGUCCAAGUCAAAUGUACUCCGAAAGCUACUGAAGAGGGCCAACUCAUACGAGGACACCAUGAUGCCCUUCCCUGGCACCACCAUUAUCUCCCAGCUUCUCAAGAAUAACAUGACUAAAAAUGGAGGAGGACAUGAGAGAGGAGAAAGAGGGGACAGGCGUGAUAGAGGGGAUGUUGGCUUCCCUGGAUCAGGGCGCUCCAAUGCAAGUUCAGAUGCUCCCCAGGAGGAUGCCUGCAGUAACUCCUCCCACGAUAGCACCCCACAAGAGUGCUUGUCACCCUUCGGCCGUCCUCCUGGCCUGGCCAGCUUUGACAUUGAACGUCUAAACGACGAACACCUGCGUGCCAAGCGAGCCCGUGUAGAGAACAUUAUACGUGGUAUGAGCCACUCACCCAGUGUGGUGAUACCUGCUUCUUCCCGUCAUGAGCGUGACCACGAGAUGGAUGGAGACCGGGAGAUGGAUCUAGACUGCCCACCCCCUCAGUCUCAGCAGCAGACCCCCGGCAGCCCACGGGGAGGGGAGGUGUGCAGCAGUAGCAGCCGAGAGAACAAGCGCAAGCAGCGUCUGCCUCAGCAGCAGCAGCAGAGCUUCACUCAGCUGGUGUGCCAGAGGAAGGAGCAGAAGCAGGAGGAGCGGCGGCAACUGAAGCUACAGCUGGAGGACAUGCAGAAACAGCUACGCCAGCUGCAGGAGAAGUUCUUUCAGAUCUAUGACUCAACCGAUGACUCAGAACAUAACGACCUCCACAAUGACCUCCACAAUGACAUAGGAAACAUGUCCGAGGACAGCCCAGGCCGGUCUGAUACAGGUGGCGAUGACCGGGGUGGAGAUGACUUGCGCUCUGACAAUGAGAUGUCUGACCUGGACCCAGGCCACUUUCUGGACAGGGCACGGGCGUUGCUUCGGCAGCAGGCCAUGCUGGCAGACAGAGAGAAGCCAAGAAGAGAGGGGCUCAGCCGGAGCAAAGGACAGGGAGGUCCAGGCUCCUCCAUGCAUGCUGAAGGUAAACAGCUAGCAGAAACACUGAAGCAGGAACUCAAUUCAGCCAUGACCCAGGUGGUGGACACAGUGGUCAAGGUGUUUGCCAAGCCUCCACGUCCUACACCCCAGCAGGCCUUCCCCUCACUUUCCAUACCCGCUGAAAGAUUUCCCACCAUUGUCAAUGGUGAUAACCCCAAUUUCCACACCGCUAACCAGAGGCUGCAGUGCUUCGGCGAUGUCAUCAUUCCCAAUCCUUUAGAUUCCUUCUCCAGCAUGCCUGGGAUGCCAUGUCCCACCAUGGAUCAAACCGAGGCGAUACCUUUAGUCGUGAGGAAGACACCCAGUGACCACCACCAUCACCACCAGUCCUCAGCUGUGGGGGCCCACGGUGGACACCACCACCCCGUCCUUCACCCCUCCUCGCUCUCUGCUUCCAUGGGCUUCAGCCCCCCAUCCUUUAGGCACCCAUUCCCUCUGCCUCUCAUGGGCUACCCCUUCCAGAGUCCUCUUGGUGGGCCCACAGGUGGCUACCCGGGCAAGGACCGUUCCUCUCCAGACUCCAUGGACCUGUCCCGGGAGACCACCAGCCUCAGGACCAAGAUGGCAUCGGGCCACCACAUGGGGCACCACCACCACCACCACCACCACCAUCGUUCUCUUUCACCAUCACACCCUGGCAGCACGGCAGAGGGACUCUCCCUGUCCCUCAUCAAGUCUGAGUGCAGUGACCUCCAGGACAUGAGUGACAUCUCACCCUACUCAGGCAGCAAUAUCCAAGAGGGUCUCUCUCCCAAUCAUCUGAAGAAGGCCAAGCUCAUGUUUUUCUACAGCCGCUACCCAAGCUCCAAUAUGCUCAAGAUAUUCUUCUCUGAUGUCAAGUUCAACCGCUGCAUCACGUCUCAGCUGAUCAAGUGGUUCAGUAACUUCAGGGAGUUCUACUACAUCCAGAUGGAGAAGUUUGCCCGCCAGUCCAUCAACGAUGGAGUAACCGGAACUGAGGAGUUGGGCGUCAGCCGCGACAACGAACUCUUCCGAGCCCUCAACAUGCACUACAACAAGGCCAACGACUUUGAG